UCAUUGGAGCCUUUGCAAUAACAGCCCUGCCCAUGGCCGCCGUUGCCCCCAUUUCACACGUGAGAAAACCGAGACUCCGACGAGCAGAGAGCCCCUCGACAGGCCCUCUGGACUAAAACCUGACCCUGGCCCAGCCCCUGAGCUCCUCCCCCCGACCUUGCCUCCUCCACACCGCCCACCGGAGUGCAGACGCUGGCUCCCACCUCACUCCCCUGCCUCUGCAGCUGAGCUCCAGGACUCUGGGUCCCAGCCCUGGCCGAGCCACUGAGGUUGGGCACUGCCCCCAGCACGCUCACCAGGCAGCAUGGACUGGAAGACACUCCAGGCCCUACUGAGUGGGGUGAAUAAGUACUCCACAGCUUUCGGGCGCAUCUGGCUAUCAGUGGUGUUUGUCUUCCGAGUGCUGGUGUACGUGGUGGCCGCCGAGCGUGUGUGGGGGGACGAACAGAAGGACUUUGACUGUAACACCAGGCAGCCAGGGUGCACCAACGCAUGCUAUGACAACUACUUCCCCAUUUCUAACAUCCGCCUCUGGGCCCUGCAGCUCAUCUUCGUCACAUGCCCCUCACUGCUGGUCAUCCUGCACGUGGCCUACCGCGAGGACCGCGAGCGGAAGCACCGCAUGAAGCACGGUGAUCAGUGUGCCAAGUUGUACACAGAUGCCGGCAAGAAGCACGGCGGCCUGUGGUGGACCUACCUGCUCAGCCUGGUCUUCAAGCUCAUCGUGGAGUUCCUCUUCCUCUACCUGUUGCACACACUCUGGUAUGGCUUCGGCAUGCCGCGCCUGGUGCAGUGCACCAACGUGGAGCCCUGCCCCAACACCGUGGACUGCUACAUUGCCCGGCCCACUGAGAAGAAGGUCUUUACCUACUUCAUGGUGGGCGCCUCAGCUGUCUGCAUCGUGCUCACCAUCUGCGAGAUCUGCUACCUCAUCUCCCACAGGCUCCUGCAAGUCUUGCACAAGCACAAGGGCCCCGGGGGCCGCAGCCACCCGUCCUCCACUAGCCGAGCCUCCACCUGCCGCUGCCACCACAAAUUGUUAGAGGCUGCGGAGGCUGCACCAGACCCCAGCGAUGACAAGAUGAAGGCUUCAGCACCCACCAUGACCCCCACCUGAGCAGGGCUAAGGAGCAGCACCAGCACUGCCAACAAGCACAGUCAGGAAGUGUUUGAGUUGGUGGGUGGGAGGGUCCUACAGGUGGUAGGUACCACCACCAUUGGAAUUCACUAAAUUAAGGGGCCAGGCAGUGGCAUACCUGGUUAAGUGCUCAUGUUACAGUGUGGAAUUCACUAAGUUAUCCCAUUUCAUUUGGAGCAGGGUUUGUUUUGUUUUGUUUUGCUUUGCUUUGUUUCCACCAGGGUUAUCUCUGGAGAUUCAGUGUUUGUAUGUCUCCAACAUGAUUCUUAGAGGCCAUUUUUCUUUCCUUUUCCAUUUUUUUUCCUGGUAGGGACAGAGAGAAACAUGAAGGAGGGCAAGAAGGAGAGACGCAGGAGUAGUACUGCACCUAGGAGCCUGUAUGCAUGUCCUCACACAUGGAGUCUACCUGGUCUACCUGGUGCUUCACCCCCAGCCUCUGGAGCAGGUGUCUGUUUGUUUUGUUUGUUUUUUUAAGCAGUGCACUGCUUGGUUCUGGCUUAAGGUGAUGCCGGGAGUUGAAUCUGGGCCUUUUGGUGCCUUAGGCUUGGAAGUCUUUUUGCAUAACCAUAUGCUAUCUCUCCAGCCUGCUUUGGUUUUUUGUUUGUUUGGUUGGUUGGUUGGUUUUUGUUUUUUCCUUUUCUUUCUUUGUUUAUAGAAACAGAGAGACAGAGAGACAACUACUUCCCCAUUUCUAACAUCCGCCUCUGGGCCCUGCAGCUCAUCUUCAUCACGUGCCCCUCACUGCUGGUCAUCCUGCACGUGGCCUACUGCGAGGACCGCGAGCGGAAGCACCGCCUGAAGCACGGUGAUCAGUGUGCCAAGCUGUACACAGAUGCCGGCAAGAAGCACGGCGGCCUGUGGUGGACCGUGUGUGUGUGUGUGUGUGUGUGUGUGUGUGUAAGAGAGCACAGCACCAAAACUUCCUUCAGUGCAGUGAGGGCAUCUCUGUCCUGGACCACACACAUGCAAAGCAGCACACCGUCCAAGUGAGCUAUUUCACUAGCCAUAGCAGGUGUUUUUUGAGCAUUGGGUACUGGUACUGUGCUUUCAACCUGCAUGUAAGUUAAACUGCAGGCCCAUUCAAACAAGCAAAUGAAGUGCUACGUGCAGAGGGACUGGGAAGGCAGAGGAAGUGUUGCAUAGAAGGUUUCAGCAUAACCCAGGGGAGGGUGACCAGAUAAGGCUUCUCAAGGAAAUAAUGUGUAAGAGACAUGGGAAGUUCAUCUAAGCAGAAAGAACAGCAGGCUUAGAAGCCCAGAAACCACAGAGAUGCUUACCCUGAGUUGGAUGGAACUGACCAAAUGGAAUCUUCAAUCUCAUAGAGAAAGCGCCCAGACUCCUGGGUGGAGAAGAAAUGUUCUCCAAGCAGUGGGAGGUCCAGAGGACUGAGCAUGAAUUUGGGAACAGAUAGAGGCAGCUCUCCUUAAGAAACUCAGAGAUCCUCUGGAUUGCCACUACCCUCAGAGGAGCCCCUCAACCCCAAAAUCUGCCUUCCACAGUCUCAAGCAGCUUUGCUCCCAGCUUCCUCCCUGCAGAUUUGCUCAAUCUGGUGUCAGCCUUUCAUGUCUUGCCUCCAAGUACUACUGGGUGUGGAUGAGCCAAUAAACAGGAUCCCAAGGCCAUUCCUGUGAAGUCAAUAAAGACUGUUUUAUACAUG